AUGAGGAAGACUCUGCUACUCGUAUUCAUUCACGGCUUUAAGGGCGGUGAUGAUACUUUCGGCACGUUCCCUGAGCAUUUGCGCGUCCUCGCAAGCAGAGCAUUUCCUGCAGUCGAGGUCGCCACUGCUGUCUACCCCAAGUAUGAGACUAAAGGUGAUUUGAAAGAAUGCGUGGCAAGAUUGCGAGAUUGGCUACAAAAUACUGUGAUUGAUCUCGAGGUCGCCAACCAUACCGCAUCGCCCACCGUCGAUCCCUCGGUCCAUGUCUUUCUGAUCGGUCAUUCAAUGGGAGGAAUAGUAGGAGCUGAGGCUCUUCUUUUGUUGGCAUCAGAACAACCAAUUUCUCGAAAUCCGACUUCAAAUACACACCCUAGAGAUGGCAUUGAAUCUAUCGUGGAACCGGGUACUUUCAUGUUCCCUCAUAUACAAGGAGUGCUUGCAUUUGAUACCCCAUUCCUGGGAAUAGCACCGGGAGUCGUAUCAUACGGCGCAGAAGAACACUACCGCAAUGCUACAACUGCCUAUAACACCGUCUCCGAGGUUGCAGGAUUGUUCGGUUUUGGUGGGAAGGGCAAUGCAUCGAAGCAGGGAACUACCCAUGCAUCUCCGCAAGAGUUCCCCAAAGCGUUGCCUUCCACGCCUGACGCCGCCGCGACGCCUUCCUGGCAACGAUGGGGUAAGUAUGCCAUGUUCGCCGGUGCUGCCGGUGCUGUAGCCGCUGGCGGUGCAGCCAUGUAUACACAGCGCCAGAAGCUUACCGAAGGGUUUGGAUGGGUAUCGUCGCACCUUGAAUUUGUCGGUUGUCUCGCACGCAUGUCGGAAUUGCACCAGCGUCUCGCGCGAUUGUCGAAUGUCAAGGAGGAACGUGGCAUUGGGUGUGUGAACUUCUAUACAUGCCUCGGAAAAAAUGCGGGUAGUCUGGUGGAAAACACAUCAAACAAAACAUCCUUCAGUCAAAAAAUCAUCAGGUCGAGGAACAGGACGUUCUGUUCAUUGCCAGAGGAGGUAGAACGUGGCGAGGAAUCUCAAAGUCCAGGACUUUUGUGGACCAGGGCGGUUAACGACAAGGCUACUGACGAAAUCAACGCACAUGUUACCAUGUUUUUGUCCAAAGAAAAUCCUGCAUUUUUCGAGAUGCUCAGUGAAGCAUGCGCCGUUUUGGUCAAGUCGAUAGACAAAGGCUGGUAUGAUUCGUCCACCAAGCCAGCCAAGAACGACGGUAUCAAGCAACCGUAUGCAACACAGGACGCCAAAACCAAAACAGACGGGGACUUCAUGGAUGAUGAUGAUGAUGAUGACGUUGUCGUCGUUGAUUGA